AAGACUAAUUUAAUGUAUUAUUUAGAUGCCCUCAUCUUGUUUCCACAACCCACUUUUGUCGGGACAGAUGGUUCAGUCCAAUGUCCUCUGUCUGGUGAGUGUAUAGCAGAGGGCCGUACGGAGCUUUCUGUAAACAAAAGCAAGCAUGGUCAACAUUGCAGCUUUCGCCCGUGAGCACUGGAUGAACUUGCUGGUGCCCAUGGGUUUUGUGAUUGGAUGGUACCUUGACAAGCAACAGGACCAGAAGCUGACCGCCUUCAGGAACAAAAGUAUUUUAUACAGCAGGGAGCUGAAACCUGGUGAGGAGGUGACUUGGAAGUAGAUUUUAUAACCCCAGUGUUUGUCCACUCUUUCUGCGGUGUAAAUGGCUUAGGGUUGGCGCUAAAUAUUUAAAAA